AUGGCGGUCCCCAGAAGGGUGAAGCUCCUGCUCUUCCUGCUCGGCCCGCUGGCCCUGGGCAUCCGCCUGCUGGUCCGCUACACCCACGGCUCCCACUCGCAGCCGGCGGGCACCAGGCCGCAGCCCACGCACGUGCUGGUGCUGUCGUCGUGGCGCUCGGGCUCCACGCUGGUGGGCCAGCUCUUUGGGCAGCACCCCGACGUCUUCUACCUGAUGGAGCCCGUGUGGCACGUGUGGAUGACCUUCCCCGGGAGCAGCGCCCACCGCCUGCAGAUGGCCACGCGGGACCUGGUGCGGGCCGUCUUCCUCUGCGACAUGAGCGUCUUCGAGGCCUACGUGGAGGCCGGGCUGGCCAACGGCUCGGGGCUCUUCCUGUGGGAGAAGAGCCCGGCGCUGUGCUCCCCGCCCGCCUGCAGCCUCUUCUCCCGGGACCAGAUCAUCCUCCCGAGCCUCUGCAAGCGCGUGUGCCAGCCGCGGCCCCCGCGCGUCGUGGCCGAGGCCUGCAGCGCCUACAGCCACGUGGUGGUCAAGGAGGUGCGCGUGCUCGGCCUGCGGGCGCUCGCCCCGCUGCUGCGGGACCCGGCGCUCAACCUGCACAUCCUGCACCUGGUGCGCGACCCCCGCGCCGUCUUCCACUCCCGGGCCCUCCUGAGCGGGGAGCUGGAGAACGACGACCGCUUGGUCCUGGGGGCGCGGUGGCAGGCGGCGGCCCCGGGGGAGCGGCCCUACUCGGUGCUGCGCGCUGUCUGCCAGGGCCACCUGGAUGUGUUCCGCGCCGCGCAGGCCUGGCCGCCCACCCUAAGGCGCCGCUACCUGCUGGCGCGCUAUGAGGACCUGGUGAGGGAACCGCUGGCCCAGACGGCCCGCAUGUACGCGUUUGCCGGGCUGGAGUUCUUGCCACGACUGCAGAGCUGGGUGUAUAACAUCACACGAGGCCGGGGCUUGGGGAGCGACCCCUUCAAUGUGGAUGCCAGGAACGCCCUGAGGGUCUCCCAGGCCUGGCGCGGGGCCUUGCCCUACGAAAAAGUGGCUCGGAUUCAGAACGUCUGCCUGCAGGCCAUGGACACGCUGGGCUACCGGCUGGUCGCCUCGGAGCAGGAGCAGAGGAACCUGUCUCUGGACCUCCUGGCCCCAGGCCCCCCUCCCAGCCAGACCACCAGAGGCUGA